CCCAAGCAGCUAGGAUCACAGGUGUACGUCACCAUGCCCAGCAUGACAGGCAGUUCUUUCCAUCUCAGGAAGACAAAGGAUGAGAUGUAGCUGAUAGAGAUGUUUAGUACAAAGCGCUAGUUUACAAUAAAAUAUGUUUCAAAAGAAAAGCUUUAAAAUUGCCCUUGACUGAAGAGUGCAAACAAAGGAUGUUCUUUUGCCUGUGGGAUAGUUCUAAAUGGAAAAAUCAAUGGGAAUUGUUGCUAAAGUAUUUUCCAGUAUCAUCUAAAGUGUUUUUCUUUUGAAGUUCUCUGAGUUCUGGGAGAUCUGUUUGACCCCUUGGCCUCCAUGGAAGACUCAUCCUCCAAUAGCAACUGCACUGAUGAAGAGGACUGCAUUUCUGAAUCUGAAUCCAACCUGAGCCUCUCUGUAGGCUAUUUCCCCUAUGAGGACAGCAUUGCCUAUGAAGACACAACCUCCUGUGAAGACUUGACUUCCGAAGGUUUUUCCUGCCACUUUCUCCCUCCCAUCCAAGGGACAUGGGGGAUCAAAAGUUUAAGGAGGUCUAUUGGGAUAAGAGAUCAAAUUCAGGACAACCCAGAGAUAUUUUCCAAACUAACCAUCUCACUGGCCUGGGAUGUUGAUAUGGGCUCUGAUCAUCAAGACUCACUAUCUAAUUUAGAUCUAAAUGGAGACAACCAGUGGAUAGGAAAGUGGCCACAGGAGAAGACAAAACUGACUCUCUGCAAACUGGACAAUCUAAUGCAAAAGCUUAAGGCAUUUCUAGAAAAUCAGAAAGAAGAUACAGAUGAUGACUCUGUGCUCUCUCAAUCUACUCAGGAGGAAGAUCUCCAACCUUCCAGCUACUUCCCUCUCAAUAUGUAUCAGAUGAUAAGCGAGGUGUAUGGCACUGCAGAGACUCCCUCAGUCUCAGCAGGGCAGCCAAAGGAGACUGACACAUCUUCCAUCACAGAAACCACAUCCUGUCUGAACUUCCGGUCCAUCUUUCACUGGCUCAGGACACGGCUCUUCUCUUCCCUACCUGGGAGAAAGCACCCUGAAAGGUCAACCAAGAGCCCCAGUCUGCUGGAGCCAAAGAAAAGAUAUUUCCUUAGAGGGAAGAAAAUCAAACCUCAAGAAUCCCUUGAAUCGCUACAACCUAUAACCCCAGAUUUUUAAAAUUUUGACCCUAUUGAAUGGUCCCCAUAGUUUUAUGUUUUGCCAAUAAACAAGAUAAAUAUUAUCCA